AUGGCGUUCAUGAUGCCCGUAGUGAAAAACGACUGGGACAUUUACCACUCGCAGCGGUCCCGCCGCACCUCGGAGUCGGCGGAGAAGGUGGCCGUCGGGGGGCGGGUGCGGAAGGUGUCGGAGUCACGCUCGGAGGGGCCCGCUAUGUCGCCGCGCAUGGGCUCCACUAUGAGCCCGCACCGGAGCGCGCCGGCGAUGCGCUCGCUGUCCUACUGCCGGGCGCCACCGUCUCGGGCCUCGCUGCGGGCGCAAGACAGCCCAAGGGGCUCGGCUAGCCCGCCCAGCUCCGGCCGCGAGCCCGAGAAGUUCCACAGCAGGGCGAGCGCAGAGUCCCCGGAGCGCUCGCGGUGCGGCGCCUGCAUGCCCUACCUG